AAACUGUCAACGGCGUAAGAAGGCCCCACCUCCAGGGCGGAAAUCCGCUGUUUCGUGCAUAGUGUUCCGUACCUGACCGUUUUGUCUCUCGGGUUCGUUCUUGGUGGGGUCCAGGCAGCUUUCUCCACCAACAAACAGUGACACGUAGCAUCUAGGCAGCCAACUGUCACCAUUUAGCAGUGUCAUACACUACGUGGCAUCGUCUGAGUCGUGUUCACCAUUCCACUAACCCAAUACCAACCAAAAGUCUUCCGCUCCGUUAAACAAGUCUAACCGAAUCUCCUACCGUCCAUAUCAGCCAACUCAUAUAUCGGACGGCCAUUCUAACCCUGAUCCCUCAUGCUGACAGCGUGACCUCACCGCCUUUUCUCUCCCGCCACGCCUCCAUCACCGUCGGCCGCGCUGCCUUCCCACUUCUCUACCGCUUAUUUAUUAGUUAAAAAGUCCAAACUUUUGGCUACUCACAUCUUCUUUUUCCUCCUUGGUACCAGUCAAUUGCCUCCUGAGAGAUUACUGUUCCAAUUACCUAUUCUCCAUGACUCAACCACCGCCGCCUCCUCCGCCGCCGCAGCAGAAGCUGCUAGAGUACCGGAAGCCACUUCUCCUAGGCCGCUACGAGGUCGGAAAGCUUCUUGGCCAAGGAAACUUCGCUAAGGUCUACCUCGCCCGCAACGUACGCUCCGGCGAGAGUGUCGCCAUUAAAGUGAUCGACAAGGAGAAGAUCCUUAAAGGUGGCCUCGUCGCACACAUCAAACGCGAAAUCGCGAUUCUCAGCCGUGUUCGCCAUCCCAACAUCGUCCAGCUCUUCGAAGUCAUGGCCACCAAAGCGAAGAUCUACUUCGUCAUGGAAUACGUUCGCGGCGGCGAGCUCUUUAACAAAGUCGCCAAAGGCCGUCUCCGCGAGGACGUAACGAGGAAGUAUUUCCAGCAGCUUAUUUCGGCUGUUGCGUUUUGCCACGCCCGUGGCGUCUACCACCGGGAUCUCAAGCCGGAGAAUCUCCUCCUUGACGAGAACGGCGAUCUCAAAGUCUCCGACUUUGGGCUCAGUGCAGUGUCAGAUCAGAGUCGCAAAGACGGUCUUUUUCACACCUUUUGCGGCACGCCGGCUUACGUCGCGCCGGAAGUUCUUGCGCAGAAGGGCUACGAUGCUGCAAAGGUAGAUAUUUGGUCCUGCGGAGUAAUCCUCUUCGUUCUCAUGGCGGGAUAUCUCCCCUUUCACGACCAAAACAUUAUGCUAAUGUAUCGCAAAAUCUACAAAGGGGAGUUCCGGUGCCCUAGAUGGUUUUCACCCGAACUCACCCGCCUUCUCUUCCGCCUACUCGACAUAAACCCUAGCACUCGAAUCACCAUUCCUGAAAUCAUGGAGAAUCGCUGGUUCAAGAAAGGGUUCCGCCAUGUCCGGUUCUAUUUCGAAAACGAUCGAUUCUACAGCCUCGACGACAUCGACAAACCACCGUCUCCGCCGCCGGACGAGCAGUCAGAAUGCGAAUCCGAAUCCGAAUCCGAAUCCACCACUUCCUCGGUUUCUUCAAAAAGGAAAGGGCUGGGUUUGCCGAGGCCGGCGAGCCUCAACGCUUUUGAUAUAAUCUCCUUCUCUCCAGGAUUCGACCUUUCAGGGUUGUUCGACGAAACAGGGGAGGAGAAAAGAUUCGUCUCCGGCGAGCCUGUAGCCAAGAUUGUAUCGAAAUUAGAAGAAAUUGCGAAGCUUUUGAGCUUUUCUAUUAGAAAGAAGGAUUACUUGGUUAACUUGGAGGGAAACAAGGAAGGGGAGAAGGGACCGUUGAAGGUUGCGGCGGAAAUAUUUGAGCUCACGCCGUCGCUUGUAGUGGUGGCGGUGAAGAAGAAAUCCGGAGAUCGAGGUGAGUACGAGGAGUUCUGUAAGAGCCAGCUAAAACCCUAUUUUCUGAAUUGUAUGUACGACCACUCCACUGUUGGUUCUGACACUGAGUAGAAGAGAUCAACAAUAAAGCGAGAGGAAAUUCUCUCCUCUUCUUCUCUACAUUAUUCACUGAUCUGCGUUCUGCCAAACUCUUUCCUUAUUAUAUAUUGUAAUGUUGAGCUACCGUGUAUGUAAUUGACUUCAGGAUUCAAAAUUUAUGUUUGUGAAAUAUGUAAAUAAGCGCUCCAAGCAUUUCGCUGGAGAUUAAUGCAGUGCAAGGCCAUUGAACUUGUUUUCCUGAUCA